AUGGGAGGUAAGAUUAAAUUAGCCUCGUUUUUUUUUAUGUUUCUGAUUUUACUUGGACUAACACCCCUAUAUUAAUUUGAAUUUUGGGAUAUUUCGCUUUAGAAUUCUCAUUAUUAGUCAUAACUUUUUUUGCUAUCAAAAGACUUCGCUUUUAAUUACUAAUAUGUUGAUUGA